AUGCAUCCGCCGCUGAUGCUCAUCCUCUCGCUCCCUGCGGUCGCCGCUUCGCCACAGAUCCUCGGUGUCUCGCCGUCCGAGGUUGGCUUGCACGGCGGCACCACCCUCAUCGUUCGCGUUCGAGGCCUGCAGAAGCCAGGCGGCGACGCCGCCUCGGCGGCCCGCGGCUUGGCUGAGAUCCGGGUCGGCGGCGUGCCGUGCGUCCACGACCCCUCCCACUCCAACCCCGCGGGCACGAGCGUCGCCUGCGUCGCGCCUCCAAUGGCCGACCCAGGCUCGCACGCAGUCACGCUUCACCAGACGACAGAGGAGAACAAGCCGACCACGACGGGAUGUCCGGGCUGCCGCCUCUCGUACUCGCCCCUGCUGACCGUCAACGCCUCCUUCGAGCUCACGUCCCGAGGGCCGCUCGCGUCCUCCGCUCCGGCCACGGCCGAGGCGGUUGCGGGAGACUCCCUCUUUGUGACGCUCUCGGGCGUAGACGGCGACCUGGCACGCUCCCAAGUCACGGUCGUCUUUGCCGCUGUCGGCCCGGACGGACAGCCCGUCAGCGGCGGCGCCGCGCCGGUCCGACCAAACGACUACCACACCGUCCUCCGCCGCGCGGAAAGCUCCGCCGGAGAGUGGCACUUGCGCGUCCGCGUGCCUCGCUCCCUCGUGGCGGGAUGGCACAAGAUGGAGGUGCGCGUCGAGCGUCGGGGGCCGUCGGAGGCGGCGGCGCACGGGCGGGUGCGCUGGGGAGGGGGCGCGACCGCCGCGCUGCUCCGCGUCCACCCCGUCGUCGACCGCGUCUCCGCGUCUCGCUCCGGCCUCAACGGCGGGGCCCUCCUCACCGUCUCUGGAUCGGGCUUCUCCGCCGUCGCGUCGGAGAACGAGCUGAGCGUGGGAGGCGCGCACGCGGCAGCGGCGUGCGAGGUCGUCGAGGCGGACUCGCACCGGCUAGUCUGCCGGCUGGCCGAGGCGGCGACGCCAUCGCAGGUUGGGAAUCCGGAGGAGGAGACAGUGUUUGCCUCGCCUGCGACUUGGGCGGUCGAGCCGCUUGAAGCGUCGCUGCUGCUGCCCUGCCUGCCGCGCUCGGUCACGAUCGACGCACUGCAGGCCUGCGCGGGUGGGGAUGGCGUGGAGGAGGCGACGCGGCUGCCGCUGCGUCAUGAGCUGGACUUCCCCAGCGACAAGCCCCUCGCCCUUGACGACGGCGCCUUCCGGCACGACGCGUUCGUCGCGACGAUGGACGCGUCCAUCACCCCGCCCCUCGACGGCAGCUACGCCUUCGCGCUCGACUGCGGCCGGCUGCACUCUCCGCGCUUUUGCGAGGCGGCGCUCAUCUUGGGCGGCGACGACGGCGACGCGACCGCUGAGGUGAUCGACCUAGCGGCCGGCCCUUCGCCGCCCGUCGAGCUCUCCGCGGGCCGGCGGUACGAGCUGCGCCUCCGCUUCGCGCACGUCGAGCACGGCGAGCGGCUUCGCCUCGCCGUCAACGUCACCCGGCGCGUCACCGCCGACCAGCACCACUCGCCGACGGUGGCGCUCUGGGCGAUGCCCGCGUCGUGGCUCUCGCCCGCCGGCCUCUCGGAGCCGCCCUCGGGGGCGCUGCCUCCGCCACCCGGCCGCGUUCGCCUGGCCACGCGCGGUGCAGUGGCCGACUGCCGCGCCGCCGACGGGUGCGGCUUCUCGCUCUCAAGCGCCGACACUCCCGUCCUGAGCGGCUGCUGGGUCGAGGCGGCGGAGAAUGCAAGCCUCGCCCGCCCCGGCCGCAUCCCGCUGACCGACCGUCUGCCCGCCACUCUGGAAGCGGGGACGACCAUCGCCUGCGAGGGGACGGGGCUCCACCUCACCCACGCGGCGCUGCACCCGCCGGCGGGGGGCACGGCCGCACGCCACGACCCUCCGCUCCUCUUCGCCGGCGAAGCCGAGCUCUGCCGCACCGCCGCCACCGCUGCAGACGGGAAGGAGGUGAGCGGCGGCGGCUGGGCCUCGUCGCACCGGGCGCUCUACGUGCUUCCCGAGGCGGCGCCAGCCAAGCCUGGCCCGGUGGAGCGCCGCGCGACCGGCCGCGCGGGUCGGCGGCUCCAGUCGAGCAUGGGCUGCACCGCCAGCAACGACUGCACCAUCCCUGCGGGGGCGACGUACCUGCUCGACUCGAGCCUGGACGUGCGCUCGCUCACCGUCAAGGGGACCCUGCGCUGGGACACGUCCAAGGACAGCCUCCGCCUCUCCGCCGGCUUCGUCGUGGCGGAGGAGGGCGGCCGCAUCGAGAUCGGGACGGCGGACGCGCCGAUGGAGCGGGAGGCGACCGUGCACAUCCGGCGGAACGGCGCCCAGCACGCGUACAACGGCGAGCGCGUCUUUGGCGGGUACAGCGCCUUCGCCCAAGACCCGGCGCUGCCCACGCCGACCGUGCACGACCGCAAGCUGGCGCGCACGUGGAGCCUGCUCGCGGCCACCGCGCAGGCAGGCGCGCAGUCGAUUCUCCUCGACCACGACGCGGCGGCGAUGGGCUGGAGGGCGGGCGACCGGAUCGGUGUCGCGUCGACGUCCGGCCAGUACCCGGGCGGAGGAAACAACCGAGCCUCCACCCACACCAUCACCUCCCUCUCGGGCCGGACGGUGGGCAUCAGCCCGCCGCUCCCCCACAAGACUGCGGGCGGGGUGCAGACGGUAGAGGGCUUUGAGGUGCGGAUGGCCGCGGAGGUGGCCAACCUGCAGCGCUCGGUGGUCAUCACCGGCGACGACUUCAGCGCCGAGGGCGACUCGCAGCACGUGGGGCUCCACACCAUCAUGGCGGGCGGCGGCGCGAUGAAGGUGGAGUACGCGCGCGUGGAGAAGUGCGGCCAGCGCCACCGCGUCGGCCGCUACUGCCUGCACUGGCACUACCUCUUCAGCUGCCCCGACUGCGUCUUCCGCGGCAACGCCAUCGAGGACUCGCACCAGGGCGGCAUCACCGUGCACCAGACGCACGACGCGCUCGUCGAGGACAACGGCGAUCUCGGACGACUUGUACUUGUGGUAGGCAUCUACACCGAGGACGGAAAUGAGAUGGGCAACGCCUUCGUGCGCAACGUCGUCGUCUGCACGACGUGGGACGUCUGCCACGUCGACACCGCCAUCACCGACGCCGUCUUUGCGAGCGGCAUCUACCUGCACGGCAUGUCAAACGACUUUGUCGACAACCGCGUCGCCAACUGGCAAAACACCAUCUUCUCGCCCGGGGGGACGGUCCCCUUUGGCAAGGGCGGCGCGUGGGGCAAGAUCUGCCCCCGCCACGCCCCGUUUGGCGUCUGGCGCGGCCACACGUCGGCUGUAGGCUCCACCGAGUGGUGCACCGUGGAUAACACGUGGCAGCCGUGCGGCGGCUUCCUCCGCGACUGGGAGGAGCUCUUCCGCGGCCCGAAUUCGUGCGACUGGCACAAGGCGGACGGCUCGGACAACGGGGUGCUCAACGUGAUCGAGGACUCGCUCGAGUACCACUCCACCUUUGUCGGCCACUACACGCUGGGCGACAUCGCCUUCGACCGGAUGAUCUCUGUCUACAAUGGCCACUCCAUGUACUGGAAGGUCUCCAAGACGAUGGUCGACCAGCUCACGCCGCACGUCGAGAACUCCAUCUUCGCCAACGACCAGGGCGAGUUCUCGAUGGGCGGCUCGUGCACGCGCUUCAACGGCCCGGCCGGCCCCUUCACCUUCUACCUGCGCAACGUGAGCUUUGCAGGCGCCUGCGCUGAGUGGCUGCCGGACGACCCCGCGCCCCGUAGACACGCCACCGCCCCCGUGCUGCGCGCAGGCAACGUCGGCGACGCCGCCCUCUCGGCUGGCCAGCACUGCGGCCUCGACCAGGAGCGCGCGGGCAAGCACACCAUGUGCAACGCGCAGUACCUCCUCGAGGCCGUCGAGUGGCGAAACCUGCGCGGCGGCUUCGGCGGACUGCACCGGAUCCGCUUCGGCGUCUCGGGCGGCAACAACGUCGUCCCGUCCUUCUCGUCGCCCGACGGCUCGCUCGGCGGGUACCGCUCGGUGGUCUCGGGCCGGCUCAGCGGCUUCGCAAAGGUGGCCGGCUGCCAGCCGGCCGGCGAGCUCUACUUUUGGGGCAUCGGGUGCGACUCUCCGAUGCGCCGGCUGGACGUCUGGGCGCCAAACAACGGGUGCGACUGCGCCACCUGCUGCGAGACGCGCAUCCACGGCCCCGGCUUUGAGGAGGACCUCGGCCUCGCCGACUACUCGUGCACCUCUGGGGACUCGUGCCAGCUCUACGGCAUGAACGCCGGCCUGCUCCGGCUCGACCUCGGCUCCACCGACGGACUGGUCGUCGACUUCUCCGAUCCGCUCCUCAAGCGGGCGCUCGGAAUCGUCGACUCGCUCACGCUGACGACGACGUGGGCGCGCCUCGCCGGAGACUACACGUGCGGCCAGCGCAUCGAGUGGCUGCAGACCGCCGACGGCGGAAUGCUGAGCGAGCCCGACGCCUGCCGCAUUGUCGCCGCCGAGGAGUACGUCGUCGAUCCGGUGGCGGCGCCCGAGUUCCUCUUUCGAGACGACUUUGACGGCGCGGGGCUCGCAGCACUCGACCGCAGCUCGUGGAACGUCGAGGUCAACUGCAACGGCGGCGGCAACAACGAGCUUCAAUGCUACGUCGACUCCCAGGACAACAUCGACGUGCGCGAUGGCAUGCUCCACAUCACUGCUCGCAAGGAGAGCGACGGCCGCGUCACCUCGGGGCGGCUCACGACGGAGGGCAAGGUCGAGAUCGCCUACGGCCGCUGGGAGGCGCGCCUCAGGGUGCCCGGUGUGCUCGGCACAUGGCCAGCCUUUUGGACGCUCGGCAACGACAUCGGGGAGAUCAGCUGGCCGGCGUGCGGCGAGAUUGACAUCAUGGAGAACUUCCAGCGUGCGCCGCCCGACCGCUCCGGCGAGAGCCUCUACUCGACGGCGCACUCGGCAAAGCACUCGUGGGGCACGGGGACUGCGCUGCCGGGCGGCAGCUCCGAGCCGCUCGACCUCGACCAGUUCCACACCGUGCGGAUGGACUGGUCGCCGGACAAGCUCGAGUUCUUCGUCAACGGAGAGCGCACCUGGUUCCUCGACCGCAGCCCCGGCUCGACCAACUACGACUGGCCCUACGCCAAGCCCCACUUUGCGCUCCUCAACCUCGCCAUCGGCGGGAACGGCGUCGGGUACGCCACGCCGCCCGACGACGCCUACCCGCUCACCUACUCGAUCGACUAUGUCUCGAUCGAGGCGCUACCGCCCCCGCCGCCCUCCCCACCUCUUCCGCCGUGGUCCAAGUGCGGCACGCCCGCGUGCACGCCAGAGGCGUGGGCGGCGGCAGCGGCGAAUAGCGAGUGCAUGACGUGCUCGUGCGGCGAUCGGAUCGACUGGCUGCAGACGUCGCCGGACGGACCACGGAUGGACGAGGCCGCGGCCUGUGCGCAGGUGGCGGCCAUCGAGUUUGCAGGCGCGUGCGGCGGCUGCGACCCGGCCGCCGCGCCCUCGCCGACGCCGUCGCCGUCCGACCCUGGUGGUGGGGGCGUGAGCGCGCGCGGCGUCAAGUGCGCCGUUGCGGCAGAGUACCGUCGAGGAGGAGACAACGCGCAGGCGGCCAUCGACGCCGGGCUCCUGUCGGCCGCCGACCUCAACGGCCUCAACGACUGGACCGACUCGGGCCUCAUGCUCAAGCAGUGGGACGACUCCUCGGUGCAGUGCCCGCCCCCGGCCGGAAGCGUCAACGGCCGGGACAGGUUUUCACUUUUCAACGAGCCUCCGCGCGACGCUGGGGCGGCGGCGGCCGCCACCUGGAAGGCGUACCAGGCGCGGUGCGCCUCGGAGCUCGCGGGGUACGAGAUCGUGGGCCCCGCCGUCCACAACGGCCUCGACUGGAUGCGCGACUUUUACGGCGCCUUCUUCGCCGCGUGCCCAGAGUGCCAGGAGCCGGCCAGCCCGCUCUACGUGACGUACAUUGCCUUUCACGCCUACGCAACCGCCUCCGACACCGCCGGCGUGGUUGGGUCGAUGGUGUGGACGCACAACGCUGCGUGCACGCUGCAGGCGGAACCGUGGGCGCUUGGCCGGCCGGUGCUCCUCACAGAGUUUGGCGCCCAGCUAAACGUGCAAGACAACGUCGAUCAGUGGCUCACGGCCAUGGACACCAUCUUCGACCCGCCUGCAUCGGUGCCGUCCGUUUGCAUCGAGGAGGCGUACUACUUUGCCGAGCACGGCUUUGGUGGGCUCGCCUACGAGAAUGAGUUCCAGCCGUCCACAACCACGACAGCAGACAGCGCUUCGCGGGCGUGGGCGACCCUGGCAGUGGGCCCGGACGUGACCGCGAGUUGUGGCGCACGGAUUGACUGGCUCCAGUUCGACCCCUCCGGGCCAGGGAUCAGCCUGGAAGCCGCGUGCACCCAGGUUGCCGUCGACGAGUUUCCAAGCGAAUGCGGCGCGUGCAGCCCGAGCGGGCAGUACUCGUGCGGCGGCCGCAUCUCGUGGCUGCGCAGCGCCGACGGGGGAGGCAUGGCCGAGAUGGCUGCGUGCGAGCGAGUCGCCGAUGAGUUUCCGGCCGAGUGCGGCGGCUGCGACCCCGCCGGCCCGCCCGCCACGUGGACGCUGCACGCCUCGACAAACUGCUACGCCGGCUUUGGCGCGGAGGACUUGGAGACGCCGGGCGGGAGUCCGUGCUGCACCCUCCCGUCGAAGGAGGACUGCUUCGCGCAGUGCGACGCGACGGCGGGCUGCGAGGCGGUCGUCGUGACGUCGACAGAGCCGGUCCUGUGCUACCGGCGCGGCUCCGUGGACCUGUCGUCCUGCCUGCAGGACUAUGUUGGAUACGACACAUACAUUCGGCCCACUGGAGCACCUGUUUCUGGCUCGCCGCAGCGCCACGCCGAGCUGGCGGCCGCCAUCGCUCAGCAGCGGCCCGACGUGUCCUCGAUCCAAGAGUGCGUCACCGCCUGGUGUCGCGAGGGCCUGCUGACUGCUCUGCACUCCAUUGGCGACGACCUCCGUGACUACCAGUGGUCGGCCGACGCGUCCGGCCAACGCUGGGACGGCGACAUCCUCUACCGGAGCGGCACGUGGUCAGUCGUGCAAGACGGCACGGUGCCCUACGACGGCAGCAGGUCCAUGUCCUGGGCGCGGCUUCGGCAUGCCGCCACUGCAAGCGACCUGCUCGUCUACGGCAUGCACCAGCUGCCGGGCGGGGAGGAGGUGUGGGGCUACCACGAGCAGAACGCGGUGAUGGUUACGAACCACGCGGCGGCGGAGAAGGCUGCCGGCGGCGACGCGCCGGUGCUGCUCCUCGGAGACUUGAACGAGGACUCGCCCUCCAACCCGGCGCCAUCGAGCCUCACGGCAGGCGGGCUCGCCGUCACCUUUACACUGGCUCACCGCAACUGGGUGGACUACAUCUACACCGAGGAGGGGCGCUUCAGUGUCGUCGCUACCGCCACCGUCGACGACGCGCCGGGCGGCUCCGACCACCAGCCGAUCGUCGCCGCCGUGCUCGCCACGCCGGCCGUCGGGCCCGACUCCUCGGCCUCUUGCGGCGGGCGCAUCCAGUGGGUGAUGGACAACAUGGGCAAGAGCGAGGCCGACGCGUGCCAGCAGGUCGGCGAGGAGUUCCCGCCGCUGUGCGGGCCGUGCGCGCCGGAGGGCAUCCCCCCUUCGCUGCCGCCGUCGCCGGCAGGGACCGGGGGCGCGGUCGUCGCCCUCGAGGUAGUCACGUACAACCUCUACUGGUGGAACGUCGGCCAGAACAAUCGGUGGGGCGCUCUGUAUGCGACGAUCGAGGGGCAAGCCUUCGACCUGAUCGGCUUCCAAGAGUGCGAGGACGUGAGCACCGUCAUCAGCAACGUGCCGCGCAUGAGUGGCCGCUUCGACUCGUUCGCGCCGACGGGCAUCCCCGGCCCCGGCGACAACCCCGCGCCCGUGGCGUGGGACGGCCAGAGGUUCGAUCGGCUGGGCGCCGGCUGGCUGCAGGUAGGGUCCGACCAGUACGGCCAGCGCGUCACUGUGUGGGUGCGACUCCUCGACCGCACGACGGGGGCGACCGUCUUCUUCGCGAACACGCACGGCCCGCUCGGGGACUGCUCUACCGCCCUGGGCGACAACUGGAUGCGCGCCGUGGCCGACAACAUCGCGCCGGACGACUUCCUCGUCUACACCGGCGACUUCAACUGCGGUGCGGGCUCCGCCGCCAUCAACGUGCUGGACGGCGCGGCGGGCGGCCCUCUCAAGCUGGUUGCGAACGGCGGGAUCGACAUGAUCUUCACCAACGGCGCCGAUGCCGCCUCGUGGCGCUCGGUGAAUGGCUACCCGUCGGACCACCCUCUCGUGGCGGCCACCUUCGAGGCGUCGGCGAUGGGGUGCCCGACAGCGCCUACGAGGGAGGCACUCUCGUCCUGCGCGACCUUCUGCGGCGCCUGUCACGUCGGCGUCAUCUCGGCGGGCACCGCAUCGGGCGCAGGCUCCGCGGAGAGAGGCGUCCUCUUCCAGCGCCUCACGGCGCCGCCGCUGCCGGGCGUGGCCGGGGCCUCGGAGGGCAACGUGCCGUGGAAGUCCUUCCCGAACGACGGCGCCUCGGCGUCGCCCCUGGUCGUGGCGGCGCCCGAGGGGCGGAAGCAGGAGGCGGUGGGGGCGGGACCCUUCUCCGGGGUGGAGGUCUGCGGCGAGGCGCCACCGCCCGGCGGGCUCUGCUCGUUUGUCGGGAGCUGCACGGAGGCCGUGCUCGCCACGCCGGCCGUCGGGCCCGACUCCUCGGCCUCUUGCGGCGGGCGCAUCCAGUGGGUGAUGGACAACAUGGGCAAGAGCGAGGCCGACGCGUGCCAGCAGGUCGGCGAGGAGUUCCCGCCGCUGUGCGGGCCGUGCGCGCCGGAGGGCAUCCCCCCCUCGCUGCCACCGUCGCCGUCGGGGCCGGCAGGGGCGCUCUCCAUCAUGUCGUAUAACACAAAGUAUGACGGGUACCCUUGCUGCGGCUCCGACCUUGUGCCAAGCUACGGAGCGCACAUCCGCGACCUUGGCCCCGCCAUCGUCGGGCUGCAAGAGUGCCAGGACGCAAACUACCUCGCCGGCCAGACGGGAGGCCGGUACCAGGUGGCGUUUGUGGCGGGCUCGUCGGGGCGGAUGGACAUCACCAGCGACACGUACGCUCAGAGAACCAUCAGCUGGGCGAAGUUCUCGAGCGGCGGGUCGGAGUUCUGGUUCUUCAACACGCACCUGCCGCACAACCUCGGCGCCGCCGCGAGCACCGCCACACACUCCCAGAUCGCGCGCGCCCUGCUCGGCAAGAUGGACGAGCUCGGCGCGCGUGGGUCACCCACCGUGGUCACCUGCGACUGCAACCCCUUCGCUUCCAACGGCUCGCCAGAGGGCAGCUUCCAGAGCAACCUCGAGAGCCGCGGCGGCUUCACGACCGUCUAUGUCGGCACCGGCCAGUUUGGCGGCUUUGGCGGCCUGGAUAAGAUCUACGUGUCGGAGGAGGCGACGGGCUUCAACGGGAGGGAUACGGGGACCGGCUCGAGCGAUCACCCGGCGAUCACGGCGCAGCUCGCGCUCCCGUGA